GCAACUUUAUUGACACAACCCGUGUGCACAGGGAUCAACACGGUUGUCCUUCACUAGAGCUAUCUCAUUCAGAUAGCUUUUACCCCAGCUUACUCUCGGAGUUCCUGGGAUAACAGUACGUUUAAGGAAACAACACCGCUUGUGGACCAUGGCGGCAAAGAUUUUGCCUGUUCUGAAACUGGCCACCAAGGUUACCAUUGCAGGAGGAGCUCUCUAUGUAGCCUGUGACUCUGGUCUGUUGGGGAGCAGUGAGCAGGGAUCAGAGGCUCUGGGGAAGGCCAGGGCUGCAAUACCACCUGCUAUCGAUGAAUGGAUGAAGUACUUUGGCCUGGAGGCUCAGCUUCCAACCAUGCCUAAGAUUGAAUUCUCCCCCAUUCAGGCGUGGAACUCUGGAGUGCGGACGUCAAUUUCAGCUCUUUCAGAGGCUCCAACAAAAGCAACUGGAUACACAAAUCAGGGUUUGCAGUACCUGAAAGACCUCACCAAGUAAAUAUGAACCCUCUGGAAAACCUGAGACUUUUUGAGUUUUGCACUUGAGAAAUGACAUUACUUCUUCAAAAGUUGUAGCCCCUAUCAAGAAAGAAGAAACACCCAACUUGAAAAAAAAAACAGCUAGAAAAAGAAGCUUUGAAAUUCAGCUUCAAGAGUGCGGUCUCCUGAAUGGGUACUGUGGUUCCCUAAAUAAUCGUGGCAUUGGUUGGGAGUUGUAUUGUGCGUAAUGCCAGUAAGCAAAAUGCAUUUUUAAAAAAAGGUAUUUCAUUUUGUGUGUACCACUAAAUUUCAUUUUGCUCUGUACUGUCUAAUAUACAGUAUUUCACUCCCCUUUGUUCUCAAACCACCUGAAUAAUGUUACGAAGAGAAUGUCUGUUGUGUGUGUAUAUAUGCAGUUUCACCAUUUGUGACUAAACAAUACAUCAAUCUUAAAACACG